CUUGGAUGUUGACGAUGAAAGUUCGAAAUCCAAGGACGAGCCGGACAUGCAACGUCACACCUUCUGCGUUUUCACUGUCAGUGGUGAGCGUGACGUCUUUGCUGAAUUGCUCGAGGCAGAUGCGCAGAAACAAAUGACGAGAGAGAUGAAUCGUCGCCAGGCAAAAUUACGAGGUCGUGGUGCACCGGGACAGCAAGGAACUUCAGGCGAUAACAACUCACUGUCACUACCUGGAAGUGCAAAUGCUAAUGCUUUUUACACUGCUCUCUGCAGCAAGGAAGAACGAGAUCGCGCGCUGAAAAACGCGAACCGCAAAAAGCUCGACGAGGAGACCGAAAGACCCGACGAAGCUCGAACAAAGUACCUCUUUUUCGACACGAAACUGGCA